AUAUCGAAAAUGUCCGGAAGAGGAAAGGGAGGAAAAGGACUCGGUAAAGGAGGCGCCAAGCGUCACCGUAAAGUUCUCCGUGAUAACAUCCAGGGAAUCACCAAGCCCGCUAUCCGCCGUCUGGCUCGCCGCGGUGGAGUCAAGCGGAUCUCCGGUCUCAUCUACGAGGAGACCCGCGGUGUGUUGAAGGUCUUCCUGGAGAACGUCAUCCGUGAUGCCGUCACCUACACCGAGCACGCCAAGAGGAAGACUGUCACCGCCAUGGAUGUGGUCUACGCUCUCAAGAGACAGGGACGCACUCUCUACGGAUUCGGAGGUUAAACUCACAUCCUCACAACUAAACAACCCAACGGCUCUUCUAAGAGCCACACACUUCUACUGAAGGGCA